AUCACUGUGCGACGCAGCGUGUAGGAUCAUGAAGGACGCCGAGAGGAAACUGUGGAUGGAAUAAAGUCAGAUUUACAUGUUGGCUUAAAUCGUAUCAAACCCAGAAAGGUUCAGUGAUGGCGGUGUCCUGUCUUAGUCGAGCUCUGCGCUCCCUGACUUUGUCCCAGCCGGGUCUGAUCUCCUCACAGGUGGUGGCCCAGUCAAAGGGACCUCAGAUGUACAGCCUCGUAGGACAGUGCAGAGGAUUCCUCACCACAGCAUCUCUGGAGCAGAACAGGAUAAACUGGAAGCAGAGGGACAAGUACAGCAUCAAGCCCAUGGGGAUGAGGAAGACAGGAGGCCGAGACCACACAGGAAAAAUCCGUGUACACGGCAUCGGUGGAGGACACAAACAAAAAUACCGCUGGAUAGACUUCCAGCGAUUACGCUACGAACCUGAUAAAGAGGGGAAGCCUUUUGAAGAAAAGGUGAUUGAAGUGAGAUACGACCCAUGCAGAUCUGCUGAUAUCGCUCUGGUAGCAGGAGGGAACCGGAAGAGGUGGCUCAUCGCCACGGAGAACAUGCAGGCGGGAGAUACCAUUAAAACAUCCGGAGUUAUUGGGCGCAUGGCAGUGUCGGCCAACGAGGGCGACGCCUACCCGCUGGGAGCGCUCCCUGUGGGAACGCUGGUCAACAACCUGGAAAUACAACCUGGCAAGGGGUCAGAGCUCAUCCGAGCUGCAGGCACAAGCGGAGUUUUGCUGCGCAAAGUAAACGGCACCGCCAUCGUUCAGCUUCCCUCCAAGCAGCAGGUUCAGGUGUUGGAGACGUGCAUGGUGACGGUGGGACGCGUCUCCAACAUCGACCACAACAAAAGAAUCAUCGGCAAAGCCGGCCGCAACCGCUGGCUCGGCAUCCGGCCCUCCAGCGGCCUGUGGCAGAGGAAGGGCGGCUGGGCGGGACGCAAGAUCAAACCGCUGCCCCCCAUGAAGAGCUACAUCAACCUGCCCUCCAUCUCCGCCCCCUGAGGAGCGCCCGGCGCCGUCUUCCGCCAUCUUGUCUCGCCGUGCAACCCCCGAAUAAAAGACGAGCCAUUUGUACAGAAGAUUAAAAAUUUUUAUUAAACACAACUUGCUUGUGAGAGCAUGGAAAGAAACAAAAACAAUAUAAAAAUCCAAAACAUAUUUACAUCUAUAGUAAAACAUGCAGAGUAACCCAUAUUUUUAGUGGUAAGAUUUAAAAAUACUGUCAUGUCAUUUAAAAUAGGGUUUGUGCAAAGACACUGGGUGGCAUUUCAAGUAACAGGAGCAAUGAGAUGGCAUGGCGUUAGCUGGAGUUUGACCGAUAGUAAAAGCGUUAACACUGAUGUCAGGGUUGUCGUUUUGCUGUGAGCAUGCCUGCUCAUUGGUCCAGUCUUGUCAAACGCCCCCAUGCUACCUCCGAUUUAGGGCAAGAAAAAAAA